GCCCCGCCACCGCGUCCAGACCCUCUCCUCAUCGCAACAGCUUGAGACACACGCGCGCACGCACAGUACUCGCCGCUGCAAGAAGAUGGCCGGCGUCGUGGUGGUGUUCGACUUCGACAAGACGAUCAUCGACGUCGACAGCGACAACUGGGUCGUCGACGGCCUCGGCGCCACCGAGCUGUUCGACCACCUCCUGCCCACCAUGCCGUGGAACACCCUCAUCGACACCGUCAUGGGGGAGCUGCACGCGCGGGGCAAGACGCUCCACGACGUCGCCGAGGUGCUCAAGGCGGCGCCCAUCGACCCGCACGUCGUCAGCGCCAUCAAGGCCGCCUACGGCCUCGGCUGCGACCUCAGGGUGCUCAGCGACGCCAACCGCUUCUUCAUCGAGACCAUCCUCGACCACCACGGCCUCCGGGGCUACUUCUCCGAGAUCAACACCAACCCGAGCCGCGUCGACGCCGACGGCCGCCUCCGCAUCGCGCCGCACCACGACUUCCACUCCGGCCCGCACGGCUGCGGCCUCGGCACCUGCCCGCCCAACAUGUGCAAGGGCCAGGUGGUCGACAGCAUCCGCGCCUCCGCUGAGGCGGACGGCGGCAAGAAGCUGUUCAUCUACCUCGGAGACGGCCGCGGCGACUACUGCCCGUCGCUGCGCCUGGAGAGGGAGGACUUCAUGAUGCCGCGCAAGGGCUUCCCCGUGUGGGACCUCAUCUGCGAGAACCCUGGCCUGCUCCAGGCCGAGGUGCACCCCUGGAGCGACGGCAAGGACUUGGAGGAGACGCUGCUGCGUCUUGUCGGGAGGGUGCUCGUCGAGGAGGGCAAUCUGCUGCCGCCCAUGGACUGCAAGCAAGAGUUGCUGCCGGUGGUUGCUGUCCAGGACGGCAUACCCAUGCCGCUCGGCGUCAAGAGCUGAUCCGUUAUCCGUGCAUUGUGAUUUGAGGAUUGAUGAUACGUUCUCUUCUGAAUUCUGAUUUCGCCUGCCUCAGCUGGUGCGUACUGAGUUUGGGUAACUAAUUAAGGGUCAGGUGUUCGAGCGCCAACGGCGAGCUCGAGUAAGGUGUGAGGAUUGCAGUAUUUUAACUUAGUAUAUUUAUGACUAAUUUUGUGCGUGCCAGUGUGUCGUUACUCGCUAUUGAGCCUAGCACGGUGUAUACUGUAUAGGCUAUGUAUCUCAACUGUUGACGAAAAGAAUACAUGAGUUGAUGCGACGCAAGUCAAUUUCAGUG